UUUUCAGAAUGAAGUGUCUUUUUAUUAGCCUUCUGCUCUUAUCCAUUACUGGCACAGUGUACAGUUUCACUUGUGAAGGAAUGGAUGACAAGCUUCCCAUCAUCCAGGGUGCCGCCAGAGCAGCUUGUAUCGCUUCGUGUAAUAUUCAGAACUGUGCUACUGGUAACUGUGUGAAAGCCAAAAUCAAAGAAGGAAAAAAGACAGUGACACGAAAGACGUGCAAAUGCUCAAGAUGUGACAAAGGUUCAAUCGUUUCUGUGGGAGUAUCUUUGCCAAUUCCUGGAUUGAAAUCCGCUAAGAAAGGCAAAAGUGACAAAGGAAAAAAGGCAAAGAAUACCAAGAAAGCUUGAUACUUCACAGCACGAUCCUGUUUUGUCAUAUG